AUUACAAGACGUGUCGAUAAUAGCGAAGAACGGCGAGAAACUUCAAUGCGUCUUAAUGACCGACAAGAACGACAAGAAAUUACAAGACGUGCUGAUGAUCGCGAGGAACGACGAGAAACUUCAUUGCGCCGUGAUGAACAACAGGAGCGACUAGAGCUUUCAAGACGUGUUGAUGAUGACGAAGAAAGACAAGAAACUUUAAUGCGCCGUGAUGAACAACAGAGUCGACGAGAGCCGACAAGACGAGUUUAUGAUCGUGAGGGACGCCGAAUCAUUGAAAUGCGUCUUGAAGACCGACAGGAACCACGACAGAUUACAAGACGUGUUGAUAAUAGCGAAGAACGUAGAGAAACUUCAAUGCGUCUUGAUGACCGACAAGAAAUUACAAGACGUGCUGAUGAUCGCGAGGAACGACGAGAAACUUCAUUGCGCCGUGAUGAACAACAGGAGCGACGAGAGAUCUCGAGACGUGUUGAUAAUCGCGAAGAACGACGAGAAACUUCAAUGCGUCUUGAUGACCGACAAGAACGACAAGAAAUUACAAGACGUGCUGAUGAUCGCGAGGAACGACGAGAAACUUCAAUGCGCCGUGAUGAACAACAGGAGCGACGAGAGAUUUCGAGACGUGUUGAUAAUCGCGAAGAACGACGAGAAACUUCAAUGCGUCUUGAUGACGGACAAGAACGGCAAGAAAUUACAAGACGUGCUGAUGAUCGCGAGGAACGACGAGAA